AUGGAGACCUCUAUAGAAGCGUCCAAUGAUAUUCUCGAUUUCACUCCGUAUGCAGUUGGUGGGGAUGGUGGUGCGACUCCUUAUUGGUAUGUUGGAUAUCAUGCAGGAUCCCAUUCAGUGAUCGUUGGCAAUCAGGGAUCAGACUUUGAGCAACUCGAAGCAUUCCUUACUAAUGCCAACUUUUUCCAAAAGAAUUUGAAUUCGACGUUGUUUCCGGGGGUCUCGACAGAAGCAAAAGCUCAUGGUGGUUUCGUCGAUGCCCAGGCGACCUCCGCUGACGCCAAGCUUGCCGCGGUUCAUGGCGAGCUCGGGAGCAAAAUCUAUCACUUUGACAGGACAUAG